AUGUCCAGCAGUGACUUUUACCCACGUUACUACGUGGGUUACAAAGGCAAGUUUGGUCAUGAGUUCCUGGAGUUUGAAUUCCGAUCUGACUGUAAAUUGCGAUAUGCCAACAACAGCAAUUACAAAAAUGAUGUCAUGAUCAGGAAAGAGGCUUAUGUACAUAAAAGGGUGAUGGAAGAAUUAAAGAGAAUUAUUGAUGACGGUGAAAUCACCAAAGAAGAUGAUGCUCUGUGGCCCCCUCCUGAUCUAGUGGGCCGGCAGGAGCUUGAAAUUGUCAUUGGAGAUGAACACAUUUCUUUUACAACAACAAAAAUUGGUUCCCUUAUUGAUGUCAACCAGUCCAAGGAUCCAGAAGGCUUGUGA